AUGCCUCCCAAAGCUGCUGACAAGAAGCCCGCCGCCUCCAAGGCUCCCGCGACUGCUCAAAAGGCACCGGAGAAGAAGGACGCUGGCAAGAAGACCGCUGCCACUGGCGAGAAGAAGAAGCGUACCAAGGCGCGCAAGGAGACAUACUCUUCCUAUAUCUACAAGGUCCUCAAGCAAGUUCACCCCGACACCGGCAUCUCCAACCGUGCUAUGUCCAUCCUGAACUCUUUCGUCAACGACAUUUUCGAGCGUGUCGCGACCGAGGCCUCCAAGCUCGCUGCCUACAACAAGAAGUCCACCAUCUCUUCCCGAGAGAUCCAGACCUCAGUCCGUCUAAUCCUACCCGGUGAGCUGGCUAAGCACGCCGUAUCUGAGGGCACCAAGGCCGUCACCAAGUACUCGUCAUCCACAAAAUAA